AUAUAUAUAUAUAUAUAUAUGUGUAUGUAUAUAUAUAUGUAUAGCUGAUCAAUGUGAAUCUAUUUGGGUACCUCAAAAAGCACGCAUUAAAUUCAACUUUCUUCUUCUAUUGAAUCAAUGAUUCAAUUUUAUUGGCGGUGCCUAUAUAUGGUCCUAUGUAUAGCCGUGUAGAAUUUUAUAACACUUUAUUUAUCAUGAAUUAAAUGCCAAGCCGGCUUCAAAAUCGCCGAAUCGUCCUCCUCUCUCAUCUCUAUCACUGUUCUGUUCUGUUCUGCUCACUCUGUACGACAUUAUAUCAGAUAUUCAAUAUACAAAAUUACACCAACACUUUCUCUCUCUAAACAUUCUCCUUUAAGCAUACAACUUGUUUGUUUGUAGUUCCCUAUUGAUGAUCUUUUAGAGAGAGAAACACAGAGAGAGAGAGAGUAAUUAAUGGGGAGAAAACCGUGUUGUGAUAAGAGUGGGUUGAAGAAAGGGCCAUGGACUCCUGAAGAAGAUAAGAUUCUCAUUGAGUACAUCAACAAGAACGGCCAUGGAAGCUGGCGUUCUCUCCCUAAACUCGCAGGUCUUUUUCGCUGUGGAAAAAGUUGCCGGCUUCGAUGGACCAACUAUCUUAGGCCAAACAUCAAACGCGGUCCUUUUAGUCCUGAAGAAGAAAAACUCGUCAUACAGCUGCAUGGCAUUCUCGGCAACAGGUGGGCUGUGAUUGCCUCCCAACUACCAGGAAGGACAGACAAUGAGAUCAAGAACUUGUGGAAUACUCACUUGAAGAAGCGCCUGCUUCGCAUGGGCAUUGACCCACAAACCCAUGAACCUUAUAAUGGACCAGCUACAAAAUCACUUGCCCAAUCCACCCGCCACAUGGCACAAUGGGAGGGUGCUAGGCUUGAAGCCGAGGCUCGCCUCUCGAGGGAGUCAUCACUCUUCAGACUACCACCUUUACGAGAAACUGGUUCCGACCACUUUCUACGCAUAUGGAAUUCUGAAGUUGGAGAAUCAUUUCGGAAAUUCAAGAAAAAUGAGAUAACUGCAUGCGAAAGCCCACUUGCCCAAGCAUCUUCAUCAACAAAAUGUGGAUCCGUUUCAGGGACCACGACGGAGAUGGGCCUCGCUCAUGUAACCGUUUCCUCUGCCACCGGAACCAGUAGAAAUGAAGAUAAAGAAUUCAAGAGCAGCCACUUCUACAGUGAAGCCUUUUUCGGUGGUUCAGAUUCUUCAAGCUCCAAUGUGUUGGAGGAUUUGUCAGACACAGCAUUACAGAUGCUCUUGGAUUUUCCGAGCAACAAUGACAUGAGCUUCUUAGGAGAACCAGAUACCUAUUCCAUUUUAACUAAAAGCUCCUUAAAUUCUCUUAAGUAUGGCUGAAAGUGUUCUACAGUGUCUAUUUCGGAGCCUCCAUUGCUUGAAUGUUCGGCCUUUUUCUUUUCCCUCUAUUUGCUGCAAUGGGAUCUCUACAUGUAAUCUAUGUUAUUAAUAUUUGGGUUUGUUUAGGACAUAUAUAUGUAAAAGACUAAAGAGGAUAUGUGUUCCUUGCAUCACUUCAGUUCUUGUUAUAUCAUGAUUGUGUAUGGUUUUGGUGCUUAUAAAUACGUGAAUAUGUAAGUAUUGAAGAAGUAUAUAAUA